AUGGAGGUUGACCGCGUCGCAUCCGAUUCGGGAAACGUGGCGGCGGGUGAAAUCGAAAAGCCCAUCGCGGACAAGGGAGCCGGUGACGCCGCAACAUCCCACCCGGAGAAACUGCGUCGUAAAAAUAAAAAAAUCAAUCGUAGCAAUAGCAAGGAUGGCGCUACCCCGGUAACGACACCGCUCCCGAAAUAUCGUAGUUGGAAAAACAGCCGCCGACCAAGAAACGGACAUGGCAGAGGGCUGCCUAAGAAAGGUGGCGCUGGUGGCAAGGGUGUCUGGGGAGUUCCCGGUUCUGAGCUCCUGGAGGAGUACGUGGAAGAUGCAAACGAUCCCAACUACGACUCCGAAGCAGUCACCAACGGGGACGUCGAGUUCAAACAGGUCAUAGUUGAGGCUGAUCCUGAGGAGAUCGUGCGUAAAUGUGAGCCGGUGAUACUAGAGUACUUCGAGCAUGGCGAUACUAAUGCCGCGGCGGAGGACUUCUUAGAGUUCGUCUCGGCUUCGAAGAGUCAUUUGGUAUGCGAGACAAUCGUAGAGGUCGCACUCGACCACAAGCCAUCUCACUGUGAGAUGGCCUCUGUCCUCAUCUCAGAUCUAUAUGGGAGAAUAUUCUCCGCUAAAGACAUAGCUACUGCGUUCGAGCACCUGCUGGAGAAGCUGCCCGACCUGGUGCUGGACACGCCCGAUGCAGCGGUCCUGCUCUCCAACUUCAUAGCGCGCUGCGUGGCCGACGACUGCUUGCCGCCCAAGUUCGUGCAGGCGCAGGCGGAUCUCAACAGUAAUGCCAGACAAGCUAUACACAGGGCGGAGACGUUGUUGUCGAUGAAGCAGGGGCUCGUGAGGUUGGACAACAUAUGGGGUGUCGGUGGCGGUAUCAGGCCGGUGAAGUCACUCAUCCGCCAGAUCCAGCUUCUGAUCAAGGAGUACCUGACGUCGGACGACCUCGGCGAGGCCAUGCGCUGCGUGCGCGAGCUCGAGGUGCCGCACUUCCACCAUGAACUUGUUUAUGAGACAGUUCUGCUUGCUGUAGAGGCGAUCAACUCGAGUGUAGAAGAGCAACUAUGCAGGUUCCUGGCCGAGUUACAACGUUGUGUCAUCGUGUCUCCUGAUCAAAUGGACAGGGGCUUCCUGCGCGUGUUCGAAGACAUGUCUGACAUAGUGCUGGACGUGCCGCUGGCUUACAUCAUGCUGGACCGCUUCGUGGAGCGCUGCUCGAGCCGCCUGCGCCUCGGCGACCACGUGCUGCAGCGGAUGCCCACCAGAGGACGCAAACGUUACGUCUCCGAAGGUGACGGUGGUGCGAUCAAAGACCACGCGCUAAAAUUGCGCGAG